CUCGCCCUCCUCCUCCUCGCCUUCCUCCCGCUCAGCCGCCGCGCCGCCGGGCUGCUCCGGCUUCCUCCCUGGGCGCCCGCUGCGAUGUUCAACCGCGCAGUGAGCCGGCUGAGCAGGAAGCGGCCGCCGUCAGACAUCCACGACAGCGAUGGCAGUUCUAGCAGCAGCCACCAGAGCCUCAAGAGCACAGCCAAAUGGGCGGCAUCCCUGGAGAAUCUCCUGGAGGACCCAGAAGGCGUGAAAAGAUUUAGGGAAUUUUUAAAAAAGGAGUUCAGUGAAGAAAACGUUUUGUUUUGGCUAGCAUGUGAAGAUUUUAAGAAAAUGCAAGAUAGGAAGCAGAUGCAGGAAAAGGCGAAGGAGAUCUACAUGACCUUUCUGUCCAGCAAGGCCUCAUCACAGGUCAACGUGGAGGGGCAGUCUCGGCUCAAUGAGAAGAUCCUGGAAGAACCACACCCUCUAAUGUUCCAGAAGCUCCAAGACCAGAUCUUUAAUCUCAUGAAGUACGACAGCUACAGCCGCUUCUUAAAGUCUGACUUGUUUUUAAAACACAAGCGAACCGAGGAAGAAGAAGAAGAUUCAUCUGAUGCUCAAACUGCAGCUAAAAGAGCUUCCAGAAUUUAUAACACAUGAGCUCCCCAAAGAGCCAGGACUGGCAGCGUUAAGAAGCAAAGGAACUUCCUCUCAGGACCAUGCAGGAUUUACCAUCGCUUUGUUAUUUGUAAGGACUAAAAUGUACAAAACCCUCCCAUGGGAUAUGUGUGUUUUAUUAACUGCUUUACCAAUAAGUUUUGCAUGAUGGCUAAGCUAAUAUAAAAAAUAAUAAUAAUAACUUGGAAGUUUUCAUUCACAAAACAGAGAUUCCUUUAACACUGGA